CAUCAUACUAGUGGACCAUGGAGGCUGAGCUGGGAGUCGGGGUGUUGGUGGUGUUUGUAGCAUUGUACAUCUCAUGCUCUGUGUAUCUGCUGCGUAACCCCAUCGUUCUCCACAAGAAGAAACAUUUAGCUUUUUACAGCAGACAUAUUUCUCACAGAGGAGGUGCAGGUGAAAGGAUAGAGAACACUAUAGAAGCUUUUACGCAUGCAGUGGACGUGGGAACUGAGAUGCUGGAACUGGACUGUCAUUUAACUCUAGAUGGUUACGUUGUGGUGUGCCAUGACAAAAACCUUGAAAGACAGACGGGAUCUGACGUGGACAUCUCCUCGGUUAAAUUUCAGGACUUGCCUCUCUAUAGAAAGAAGCUUGAGGUCACCUUCAGUGCUGGGCGAUACAGUAUGGGACGAGACCGGAGAAUUGCCCUGCUGGAGGACAUCUUUAAGAAAUUCCCUCAAACGCCGAUCAACAUCGAGGUGAAACAAAACAACGAUCUGCUGAUUCAGAAGGUCUCCUCACUGGUGAAAAAGUACAACAGGGAGAGCAUCACUGUCUGGGCCUCAGAAGAUUCUCACAUCAUGGCAAAAUGCAGGAAACAGAAUCCCUUCAUGCCGUACAGCUUCACAGUUAGACGGGGAAUCCUUCUUCUAGCACUCUACUACACUGGACUUCUGCCCUUCUGCCCUCUGGGAGAAAGUCUACUCCAGUUCUACCUGCCCAGAGUGUUUAACAGGGGUUAUAUUCCUGAGGAGUCUUUUCUUAAGAGCAGAGUUGUGGUCUCUCUCAUUGAAAAACUGACUAUGAGAAAGUCAUUGCUAGAGCACUUGGUGAAGCGAGGCAUGCAGGUUCAGCUGUUCGUGUGCAACAACGAGGAGGACAUCGCUGCGGCCUUCGCGGUCGGCGCUACGGGAGUGAUGUCCGAUUACCCCACUGUCCUGUCAGACUACCUACAAAAACAUCCCUCUGUUUAAAGUAAAAAAAGG